CAAUGGCAUGUGGGCGCAUUUGCGCGCUUUGAAGCAGAUGAUACCUGAGCACCUAAAACAGCUUAGCGGAACGAUGCGUCUAAACAGUUCGCAACAGCGCAGUGUUGACUGUGAUGAAGAAAAACAAGGCAACCCAAAAGUUUAGUUUAGUCAGAAGGUAGUUAGCAGCCCCGCCUUAAAACAGGAGGAAUCUGCGGCGAUCAUGUUCUGAGUCCGAGGCGCGGAGCAGACGGAGCGGGAUGAAGCCGGUGAUACGGAGCGCCAGGCGCUUCUGCUGCUGUGGAGUCGGGCUUCUCGCGGUCGUGUGGCUCGCACAGGUCCUGCAGCUGACAGAGAUCAAGUCUUCGUGGCCAGAAACAGACUUUCCCAGACGCAGGGUCCUGCAGUAUGAAGUCGAAAAUCAAACAAUUGACACUCCCAGAGCAGCAAUCCAUGAGUUCCCUGAGGACAUCUUCACCAAAGAGCAGCGCAAGAGAGGAGCCAUACUACUGCACGUGCUCUGUGCCGUCUAUAUGUUCUACGCACUGGCUAUCAUUUGCGAUGACUAUUUUGUCCCGUCGCUGGAGAAGAUCUCAGAGAAUCUGCAGCUGAGUGAAGAUGUGGCUGGGGCAACUUUCAUGGCUGCAGGAAGUUCAGCUCCAGAAUUGUUUACUUCCUUAAUUGGUGUGUUCAUCACGAAGGGAGAUCUCGGCGUUGGCACCAUUGUUGGGUCGGCUGUCUUCAACAUACUGGUCAUCAUUGGAGUGUGUGGCAUCUUUGCCCGUCAGACGGUGGCCCUGACCUGGUGGUCUCUGUUCAGAGACUCGCUGUACUACAUCUUCUCAGUGCUGGCCUUGAUUUUGGUUAUCUAUGAUGAAAGAGUUGUAUGGUGGGAAUCUAUGCUUCUGAUCUCCAUGUAUGGAGUCUACAUCCUUAUCAUGAAAUUCAACAGUCAGAUUGCCAGCUUUGUCCAGAGAUCAUGUGGCAGUCCGGGCCAAUGUUGUGUCAGGAGACAGACGUCCAGAGAUAAAGAGGCUGAUGAAGCAGGAACAAACGGUAACACCUCCAUGGUGCUGUUGAGGAAAGCUCCAGCAGGUUCAGGACAGGAGUCUUCAGUGGUGAUGGUGGAUGAGCUGCUCAUCUUGAGGCCACACCAGCUCUCAUUCCCAGAGGCUGGACUGCGUGUCAUGAUCACACCGCAUUUCUCUCCACGCACCCGUCUCACUAUGGCCGGACGCAUGCUCAUCAGUGAGAGACAGAGACUGCUCCGGGAGGAUAAGAUGAGCAGGACCUCAGUGAAGACCUUCAACUCUAGAGGGAUCGUAAACGGAGGAAAUGUUGAAGCACAGCAGACACCCGAGGACACCGAAACGACGGAUGGUAAGAAAGGAGUGAAGGUGGAGGUGGAGAACUCUCAGCCUGAAGAAGAGGACGAGGACGGGGACGAAAUGUUCAAACCUCUCCAUAUUCCUGCGGGCUACUGUGCGCGUCUGAAGUGGUUUGUGUCCUGGCCGCUGGCUGUUCUGCUGUAUUACACAGUGCCUAACUGUGUUUUGCCGCGUUGGCAUCGCUGGUUCAUGAUCACUUUCAUUGCUUCAACCCUCUGGAUUGCUAUUUUUUCCUACCUCAUGGUGUGGAUGGUCACCAUCAUCAGCUACACACUAGAUAUUCCUGAUUACAUCAUGGGAAUCACUUUCCUGGCUGCCGGCACUAGUGUACCCGACUGCAUGGCGAGCCUCAUCGUCGCCCGCCAAGGAAUGGGGGACAUGGCAGUGUCGAACUCCAUCGGCAGCAAUAUCUUUGACAUCCUUUUGGGACUGGGCUUCCCCUGGGCUCUGAGGACACUUGUAGUAGAUUAUGGAUCAGCAGUAUCCAUCAAUAAUAAAGGCCUGGUCUAUUCUGUCAUCCUGCUGCUCGCAUCAGUCUUCCUCACGGUCCUGAGUGUGCAUCUGAACGGCUGGAAGCUGGAUCGGAGAUUAGGCCUUGGUCUCAUGUUUCUUUACGCCAUCUUUCUGCUCUGCUCCAUCCUCUUCGGUCAGCUCUAGAGGCGUCACACUCUUCAGUGCGUUCUUGUUUUGGUUUCAUUAUUAUAAUGCUUUUACUGUAGAUCAGGUACUAAAUCUUGGCUGAUUUCAUGCCUGCGUACAGAAUAGCAGAAAGAGGAAAUUUAGUGCUUUACAGAAACAACCUCAGAAUGGUAUUCAAGAUCCGGUCAGUCCUUUGUUCUGUCCACUGCAGAAACAGAUAAGGUUUUUGAAUAACUAAUUAAGCACUUCUUCAAGCUGGAAGGUUUACCGUAUAAUAUAAUGGUUUCUGUCUUCAGUCGACCCAGGAUGCUGACGACUUACAAGAACACUGAAGUAUUACAGUCAGACACUGUAGUGGAGAAGUAAUUCUUCUUGACAGUAUUUUACCCUUGUGAAAAAGAAGUACAUUUUAGUACACUUUUAAAAAGAGUAGGGUACAACAGGGUUAAAGGCACACCUUAAGAAAAAUGUGCUAAUCACUGCACCUGAAAUGUAUAAUUGCAGAAAAAAUAUAUACGUUUGCAUUGAACAUUAAUGGAGCAACAGAUUUUGUGUGAAAAUAAAUCAAUGAAAACAAAGUUGUUUAUUUUGUUUAAAAAUCUUAUAAAUGUAUGAGGUGGCAAUGGGUAUUGAUACAAAUACUUCAGCUAAAAUAAUGUUUUUUUUUAAUAAUGUCUAAGUUAAUACUUGUUCAAAACAAUCACUUUAGCAUAGUUUGUACUAUUUUCUGCUUAUUUUGAAAAAUAAAAUUAUUUUUUGUUCAAUAAAUAUACUGUCAUUAAAAUGUUAAUAUAAAAAAUAUAUUUUAACAGAAUCAUUUUAAUAAGUAAACAUUCUGAAAGCAUUGAAGGAGAUCCAAUAAUAAUUGAAUAUGAUUUACAGUAGUAACAACAAAUUAUAUUUUAUUAUAUGAUAUGAUUAAUAUGAUAUGAUGGUUUCAUUCUAAACAUCGUGAUUAUCUCUAAUAUGGACACCCAACAUAAUAUAUGAUAUUUACCAUCUGAACCUAACCAUAUCAUGUCAACAAAUGGAAAAGUCAGUGAUCUAUUAAUUAUCAUGUUAAUCACGGCACCUUCAGCCCCAACAGCAGGCGCGCUUUUUACCCCAAAUACCAUACUUUUACAUAUUCUUUCGUUUUUUAAAAACUGUUGCUUUAAUUAUCUUAAACAAAACUGAAAAUGACCAAGACCACCUUUACACAUUAAUUUUAGCGAUUCUAAUUUAACUUAAAUCUACAACAUUUUAAAAAACAUCAAAUAUUAGAUCAAGUAAGCACAGAAUCAACUUUGCGUGCGAUCAUGUCAAAGAUCAGACAAAUAUACAGGAGCACCUUGAAAAGCGAAUGUUUUGCAAAGUGCUACGCCACGUUUUUGUGCCAUCUAGUGGUUUAGAGGAAAAUAAUAUCAAAGGCGCCUUUAGCCCCGUUGUUCCCUACUUAUUAUGGAAGUAACAUACUUUAAAAUACUUAAGUGUGAGCUGAAUGUAAUGUUUUCGGACACUUAAUUGAAUGCUAUUUGCAAUUAAUGAAACUGUGUUGUAGUUUAAAUGUGUUAAAUGCAAUUAGUUGAACAGCACAUCUUUACAUGUAAUUUC